GACUCAAGAGAGAUGCGAAGAUGAGAAAGAAGAGAUGAGACUCAAGAGAGAGGCCAAGGACAGAGUUUAAAUGGAGGAAGAGAAGCAUUGAUCACAACCAGUUCGAGAGGACAUAUAUCUACCGCAAUUAACACACAAGACCAUCGAUAUGUAUCAAUCCAUAACUACACUUAUUAUCUUAACACAACCAUAACCUAACCAUCACAUUUAUUGCAGUGUUCACCUAACCCAACCAUCAACAUUUACAUUUACACUACCACACAAUGCUUUAUCAUAUUCACAAUAGCAAAGAGAGGGGUUUACCUCUAUCAACAAGCGUAGGGCUUUUAUCUCACGAACCUUGCCAUUGCAUCUUGAUCAACCAACCUAAAGACAGAGAGGAAAGGAACAAAUCACAACCAAAACAAAGAUUUAUAUAUAUGUACACGAGCUCGCUAGAGAAUAAAAAACAACAAUAACAAACCACAAACCACCAAAUGUUAUUAACAAUGCUUCAUCCAAUUCACCAGACCAAAUACAAAAGGUUUUAUCAAAUUGAACCGACCAAAGACAAAGGCUUACCUUUAACAUGUAACCCUUGAUCUUCUGCCUUUUGAAUGAAGAAUCGUCUGGCUCUUGAUCAUUCCAUCUGACAAGAACAUGACAGAAAAAAAAUCAAAUCCAAAUUUAUCAUGUUCCUCAUAUUAAAAUUCUUGAUCUGUUCGAGAAAAUCUAAAUCAAAUACAUGCAUAAUCAAAAUCAAAUACAUGCAUCAUAUUAACAAAUCUUUACCUUCGAUUCGCCUGAGAUAGAGCUCGCAACGAUUCCGCCGAGGAGUUCCGCCGAGGAGAGGAAAGAGACAGAUAGGGAGAUCGCCGUGGCCCUUCCUCGACGACAGCCACCGACGGAGACGUCGCCUGAUCGUCCAACAGAACCACCGAUCGGGAAAGAUCUCCCCUUUCGCCGAGGAGAGGAAGGAAACAGAGAGAGAUGUCACCAUUUUCCUUGGUGGAGGAGAGCAACAGAUAGAGAGGCCGUCGUUAGCCGUCGUCGACGACAGCCACCCACUGAGACGCAGCCGUGGCGUCGAACAGUCCCAUCGAUCGCAUCGGAUUUCGCCUUUCGCCGUAGCGAGGAAAGAAAAAGAGAGAAAGAAAUGAAGGAAAAGAAAAAAUGCGAAGGACGCUAGGGUCACCUUUUCUCCAGCCUGUCCCGGUGCGACACCUGGCAAAGAAGCAACGACGCUUCCCGUGCCAAAUUAAGCAACACCUUUUCUCUUUUUUUCCUUUUAUCAUUUAUUUUAAUUACAAUUAGUCUUAAGCAAUUCAUUUAAGCCACUGCAAUAAACCUGCUCUAAGCACGAAAAUACUAUUUGUAUCAAUUUAUUUUCAUUUUAAAUCCAUCAAAAUUUAGAUAUUAAAAAAAAUGUAUUUUUCGUCUUUGUUUUAGACUAGUAAUUUCACGUGUGAUUAUAGAUUUCAACUUAAUUUGUCUUAAAAAAAUUAAAAUCUAUCUACAAAAAAUUAACUCUUUUCACAAAAUAUAUUUCAUGAUUUUAUUAUGUUCACUAUGGAUUAACAAAUGGUAGGAAAUUAGGAAAGAAAUACUGGAUAUACUGAAUUCAUUUAAGAAAGUCAGGGGUUGAUUCAGGAAUCUAACCUAAAGUGUGGGGUCAUUUCGAGCAUGUAAAGUUACUUGGGCAAUCAAGUUACAAGAAAAACGAGAGUUACUUGGGCAAUAUCCACAAAAAUCAUCAUUUUCUAAAUUAAUUCUGAAUUUAUAAAAGGAAGACAGUGAUACAGGAGAAGACUUUUAAAAAUGCUCGCGCGAACUCUAUUCUCAAGUCAACCAUAAAAAAACCAACCUUUUCUAAUAAUACCCUCUCCGGCCACGAAGAAGACGGUUAAAUGGCGAAGAAGCUCAAAGUCAACGAACUCCGUGCAAAGCUCGCCGAGCGUGGACUUGUUACCACCGGACUCAAACCCGUUCUGGUGGAGAGGCUUGAAGAGGCUAUCGCACAAGACGCAAAGAAGGUAAAAUCGAAGAGCAGGAGGAAAAGAAACAGAGACUCUUCGGAUAGUACUCAUGACUCGAACAAGUUGAUUGCAAUCGGCGAGUUUCGUGCGAUGAAUGUGAAGGAGUUGCGGAAGGAAGCUAGCAAGAGUGGCUUAGCUACAACGGGUACCAAGAAGGAACUUCUCCAGAGGCUCUGCCAUGAUGAAGCUCAAGAUGACAAGAAUGGUCUCGAAGAAGAGAAAUCAACAAAGAAGGGAGCAGCGGUAUUGGAUCAAUGGAUUCCUGAUCACGUAAAGAGCGAGUACCAUGUUCUACAAAGGGGUGAUGAUGUUUAUGAUGCCAUGUUGAACCAGACAAAUGUCAGGGAUAAUAAUAACAAAUUCUUUGUCCUACAAGUGCUAGUGUCUGAUAACAAGAAAACAUAUAUGGUCCACUUCAGAUGGGGAAGAGUUGGUGUGAAAGGACAGAGUAAACUAGAUGGGCCUUAUGACUCAUGUGAUCCUGCAAUAGAAAUAUUCAGCAACAAGUUCUAUGACAAGACAAGGAAUGAUUGGUCUGACAGAAAGGAGUUUAUCCUUCAUCCCAAGUCCUAUGCAUGGCUUGAAGUGGACUAUGGCAAAGAAGAAAAUGAUUCAGUUGUAAAUGAUAUUACCAAAUCAUCUUCUAAAGUUAAACGUGAUGAAUUAAAACUAGAUCCCCAGGUUGCCAAAUUCAUCUCUCUUAUAUGCAAUGUAAGCAUGAUGGCACAGCAAAUGACGGAACUAGGAUACAACGCCAAAGAAUUACCACUUAAGAAGCUAAGCAAGUCCACAAUAUCAAAGGGUUAUGAAGUGUUGCAGAGAAUAUCGGAGAUGAUUGAGCGGUAUGAUAGAGCAAGGCUUGAGGAACUGAGUGGAGAAUUCUAUACUGUGAUACCCCAUGAUUUUGGUUUCAAGAAAAUGAGUCAGUUUGUUAUAGACACUCCCCAAAAGUUGAAACAGAAAAUAGAAAUGGUUGAAGCAUUAGGUGAAAUCGAAUUCGCGACGAAGUUGUUGUCCAUCGAUCAUGGAUUGAAGGAUGAUCCUUUAUAUUAUCACUACCAGCAACUUAACUGUGAAUUGACACCAGUAGGAGCUGAUUCAGAAGAGUUUUCUAUGGUUGCCAAAUACAUGGAGAACACUCAUGCAAAAGCGGAUUCGGGAUACACAGUUGAAAUUAUUCAACUGUUUAGAGCUUCGAGAGCUGUUGAAGCUGAUAGAUUCCAACAAUUUUCAAGUUCGAAAAACAGGAUGCUACUGUGGCAUGGAUCACGUCUUACUAACUGGGUUCGUAUUUUAUCUCAAGGUCUUCAGAUAGCUCCUCGUGAAGCGCCUCUAACUGGUUACAGGUUCGGAAAAGGGGUUUACUUUGCCGAUAUGUUCUCCAAGAGUGCGAACUACUGCUAUGCUAACAGUGGUUCCAAUGACGGCGUUCUGCUCCUCUGCGAGGUUGCAUUGGGAGACGUGAAUGAGCUUAUAUAUCCGGAUUAUGAGGCGGAUAAUUUGCCCACGGGGAAGCUAAGCACAAAAGGUGUGGGGAAAACAGCACCAAACAGUUCAGAGGCUAAGACACUAGAAGAGGGUGUUGUUGUCCCACUUGGCAAACCAGAGGAUCAUUCAAGCACCAUGGGGAUGUUAUUGUACAACGAAUAUAUUGUCUACAACACGGAACAAAUCAAGAUGCGUUAUGUUAUCCAAGUCAAAUUCAACUACAAGUAAUGAUCAUUAGUUUUUUGGUUAUUAACUAAUGAUCAUGAACCAACCACUUCAUUUCAACAAUGUGGUGCUUAAUCGACUUGCUUUUGUAUUGUGCGCUUUCAUCUCGCCUGAAUUUGGAUUUUACUUCUUAAAUACUUCAUUUGUUUCAAAAUAAUGAUUAUUUUUAGUUUUCAUAUAUAUUAACAAUAUAUAUAUUAAAAUUGUUAUGAUUAUGAUUAA